AUGCUGCUCGUGAACCCCAACAAGGGCUUCGGCUGGCACCAGGAUAAUCAGAACGGCCCUAUCGAUUUCCCCUACGCCCUGCGGUGGUGGGUCGCCAUGGACCGGUGCGGGCAGAACGAUUUCGGUGCACCAGAGUAUCUCCUCGGCUCUCACAAGAACACAUCCGUGGACGACAAGGCAGUGUUCGUGAACAUCGAGGACGGUGACCUCCCUACCUUCACCAGGAAGACCAAGUUCAUCCCAGAGCCAGGUGAUCUGAUCAUCUGGGACGCCCGUACAAUCCACCGGAUCGUGUCGCCUCCAGGCCAGUGCUGGCAGGAGGGGACGCAGCGCCGUGCGCUGGGCGGCACCGUGGCCAAAGACGGCGCGAUCUACCUGAACAAGGGCGGCGCCAGCGGCAUCAGCGACCUCGCAGGUCACAAUCUAACGAACGGGGAGAAGCUGGCCAGCCCGUACUUCCCCCGCAUUUACCCGACGCGGGACCCCGAAGAGGAGGCGGUACGGUCCAAGAGGGAGAUCAUCGGGCGAUCCCCGAAGAAGAUCGCGGAGCUUGCUGUGACCCUGUUGUCCAACGCUGGGAAGUACGUGUCCUUCACGAAGGUGGUCGGCAAGAAGCAGUGA